AUGCCUCGCAAACAAGAUGCUGAACUGAGAAGGCAAGAACAAGCAGAGCGUCAGGCUGCUUUUAGAGCAUCUGAGACACCUUCUCAACGUCAGCAAAAGCGUCUUGAACAGACAAAGCGUCAGGCUGCUUUAAGAGCUUGCGAAACACCUUCUCAAAGUCAGGAAAGGCGUCUUGAACAGGCAGAGCGUCAAGCUAAUUUAAGAGCUUCUGAAACACCUUCUCAAAGUCAGCGAAGGCGUCUUGAACAGUUAAAGCGUCAAGCUACUUUAAGAGAUACUGAAACACCUGCUCAAAGUCAGCAAAGGCGUCUUGAACAGGCAGAGCGUCAAGGAAACCUGGCUGAACACAAGCUCUCUACUUUAAGAGCUACUGAAACACUUGCUCAAAGUCAGCAAAGGCUAUUCGAACAAGCGGAACGUCAGGCCGCCUUAAGAGCCGCGGAAACACCUGAUGAAACUCAACACAGACUCAUUGAGCAAGCUGAACGUCAAUCUACUAUAAGGGCAUCUGAAACACCAGAACGGACACAGGCGCGAAGAGAUGCAAAUGCACAGCUCCAAGCUGAACGUCGACAAAAUUUUCAAAGAAACAAUAGGUCGAUUUUUAAUGACGCAGCAUUCAAUUAUGAUCCGUUGAUUGAUUAUAAAAAUCACAGGUUAAGUUGUUAUCGAACUGAUGGACAAGGCGUGUCGAUUUCGCAGCGCUUUAAAAUGGAAAGAUGA